AUGGCGUCACAACCGCCGCAGCACGACAGCUCCUCGGCCGCCGACGGCCUCACCGGCGGCAGCGCCGCCGCGGCGCCCGCCGCCGAGGUGCGCAACGAGGUCAAGAAGCCCAAGAAGAAAAAGGUGCUGCUCAUGGGCAAGUCGGGCUCCGGCAAGUCGAGCAUGCGCAGCAUCAUCUUCAGCAACUACAUAGCCCGCGACACGCGCCGCCUGGGCGCCACCAUCGACAUCGACCUCUCGCACGUCAAGUUCCUCGGCAACCUGACGCUCAACCUCUGGGACUGCGGCGGGCAAGAGGCCUUCAUGGAGAACUACCUCUCGCAGCAGCGCGUGCACGUCUUCUCCAACGUCGGCGUCCUCAUCUACGUCUUCGACAUUGAGUCGCGCGACGUCGACCGCGACCUCGCCACCUACGUCUCCAUCCUCUCCGCGCUGCUGCAGUUCUCCCCCUCGGCCAACAUCUACGUCCUCAUCCACAAGAUGGACCUGGUCGUGCCCUCGGCCCGCGAGUCCGUCUACGACGAGCGCGUCCGCCUCGUCAAGCAGAAGACGGCCGAGUACGUCGCCUCGGUCGGCGGCGACAUCGCCGGCGUCGACCUCACACCCUUUGCUACCUCCAUCUGGGACCAGAGCCUCUACAAGGCUUGGGCCUCCAUCAUACACGACCUCGUCCCCAACCUGCCCGUCAUCGAGCGCAACCUCGCCAACCUCGGCGUCGCCAUAGAGGCAGAAGAGCUGCUGCUCUUUGAGCGCACGUCCUUCCUCGCCGUCUCCAGCUGGACUUCGCCCGAGGGCCACCGCAACCCGACAGAGGACCGCCUCGAGCGCAUGUCCAACAUUAUGAAGCACUUCAAGCAGAGCAUCUCGCGCUUCACGGGCACGCCAAGAAACGCCGAGCAGUUCAUCCGCAUGGAGCACAAGGCCGGCAUGCGCUUCAACCUCUUUAUCCUCAAGUUCACCACAAACACGUACCUCAUGGUCGUCCUCCCGCCGGGAGAGGCCCGCUUCAACGCCGCCAUGCUCAACUGCCAAAUCGCCAUCGAGCACUUCAAGUUCCUCGACGGGCCCGUGAGCCAGGCUUCGGGAGCUCCCGCGCCUGCUGCGGCAGCUUAG